CGACACCUGGCUAUAAACCCGGGAAGGAACCCAACGUUCCGAUCGCAGAUCUGUCGAGGAGGAGGAGGAGAAGCAGAGCACCGGAGCAGAGGAGCAGCGAUGACUUCCAGUAAGAUCGAGAUCCCCGCGGAGCUGAAGAGCGACCCCGCCGCCCUCAUGGCAUCCCUGCAGCUGAUGCCCUCGCCGGUGCCCAACCCCGAGAUCAAGUACACCAAGAUCUUCAUCAACAACGAAUGGCAGGACUCGGUCAGUGGGAAAGUGUUCCCCGCCUACAACCCAGCGACUGGAGAGCAGAUCUGUGAGGUUCAGGAGGCUGACAAGGCCGACGUGGACAAAGCGGUUCAGGCAGCUCGUCUUGCUUUCUCCAUGGGCUCCGUGUGGAGACGGAUGGAUGCAUCAGAGCGAGGAAGGCUCCUGUCUAAACUGGCCGAUCUAGUCGAGAGAGACAGCGUCUAUCUAGCAACUCUAGAGACACUGAACAGUGGGAAACCCUUCCUGCCAACUCUGUUUGUGGACCUUCAAGGUACCAUCAGGACGCUGAGAUACUUCGCUGGAUAUGCGGACAAAAUCCACGGACAGUCAAUUCCCAUGGACGGAGAGUAUCUGUCUUUUACCAGAUACGAGCCCAUUGGAGUUUGCGGACAAAUCAUCCCUUGGAACUUCCCUCUGAUGAUGACGGCGUGGAAGCUCGGCCCGGCUCUGGCGUGUGGGAACACUGUCAUCCUCAAACCUGCUGAGCAGACGCCGCUCACCUGUCUGCACAUGGCUUCUCUAGUCAAAGAGGCCGGGUUUCCACCAGGAGUCGUCAAUAUUUUGCCGGGAUUCGGGCCAACGGCGGGAGCUGCGAUCGCUUCACACAUGGGCAUCGACAAGGUGGCGUUCACAGGAUCAACAGAGGUCGGGAAGUCGAUCCAAGAAGCGGCCGGGAAGAGCAACUUGAAGAGAGUCACACUGGAGCUGGGAGGCAAAAACCCCAACAUCAUAUUUGCAGAUGCAGACUUGGACAUGGCCGUGGAGCAGGCGCACCAGGGCGUGUUCUUCAACGCAGGCCAGUGCUGCACUGCAGGGUCGCGCAUCUUCGUGGAGGAGCCCAUAUAUGAGGAGUUCGUGCGCAGGAGCGUGGAGAGAGCCAAGAGAAGAAUUGUGGGGAGCCCCUUUGAUCCCACCACGGAGCAGGGACCACAGAUCAGCCGAGAGCACCAGAGUCGUGUGCUGGAGUUCAUCCAGAGUGGAAUCAGCGAAGGAGCCAAACUGGAGUGCGGAGGCAAAGCUCUGGGCUUGAAGGGCUUCUUCAUUGAGCCCACAGUUUUCUCUAAUGUGAGGGAUGACAUGCGCAUCGCCAGGGAGGAGAUCUUCGGUCCAGUGCAGCAGAUCAUGAAGUUCAAAACCAUGGAGGAAGUGAUCGAGCGAGCCAACGACACGCACUACGGCCUGGUGGCCGCCGUGUUCACCAGCGACAUCAACAAGGCCAUGAGCGUGUCCACCGCCAUGCAGGCUGGCACCGUCUGGAUAAACUGCUUCAACGCUCUCAGCACACAGUGUCCAUUUGGAGGAUAUAAAAUGUCUGGCAACGGGCGCGAAUUGGGCGAGAGCGGACUGAAGGAGUACUCGGAGGUGAAAACCAUCACCAUGAAGGUCGUGGCCAAGAAUUCCUAAAGCUUGUGUUGGGAGGAAACGGUUCUGAUCCACUUCUGGUUGAUACGGUCCUGAUGGCGAACCACAUGAACCACCAGCGGUCUUUCAACCACCGCAGCUGCUUUGGUCCUCCAGAUGCGCUGCACACGUCCGACUCAUGAACGACCAUCAUCUCUUCACCUCCACUAACACUGACACUAAAGCACUCGCAGAGACAAGGGGGCGACUGUGAACCCCCAUAACAGCCCUCAUCCUCCAACCACCACUCCAUGCUGGAAGCUCCAGGACUUGCCAUUGGCCCCCUCCCGGACUCCUGUCGCCGCUACACACCAGGCCGCCGCCGCUGCCGAAGCCUCAGAAAUGAACAGUUCAAACGUUAAUUCAUUAUUAAAAUUGAUUUGUCUUUUGUUUAUAUUUUAACUUGUAUGACUUAACACUGUAUGUGGAUCUUUGAUGUAAACAAAGAUUUGAGACCUCCUAAAAGUGUUUGACUUGUGUGUUUCAAGAGGCGUAGAUGUAUUUUAAACGUUAUGUAACUGGUUUCCGUUGAUCUUCGUCUUGUUUUUGUUUAUAAAUCAUAUGCUAUAAAAUUAUAAAACA